AUAUUAUUGUACAGUCAUGUUAAUCGUCUCUCUCUGCUUCUGUUUUCGAUGUGUUUGGCGACCUCAGUGUUUUGCCUCUGUGGUUCAACGAGACCCACCUUUCCAGCUGUUCUCGUGGCACACCUGCCUGCUGGGCAUCGUGAGCUGCUUGGUGAUGAUGUUCGUCAUUAACCCCAUGUACUCGUCAGGCAGCAUCGUGCUCCUGCUGCUGCUGCUGCUCUUCCUCCACUACAAAUCGCCCACCAGCAGCUGGGGCUACAUCAGCCAGGCGCUCAUCUUCCAUCAGGUGCGUAAGUACCUGCUGAUGCUCGAUGUGAGGAAGGACCACGUGAAGUUCUGGCGGCCGCAGAUAUUGCUGAUGGUGGCCAACCCUCGCUCCUCCUGCCAGCUCAUCCUCUUCAUCAACCAGCUGAAGAAGGGCGGCCUGUAUGUUCUGGGCCACGUGCAGCUGGGAGAUCUGGACUCCCUGCCUUCAGACCCGGUGCAGCAGCAGUAUAACUUCUGGCUGCGUCUGGUUGAUAAACUCGGGGUGAAGGCCUUCGUAGAUCUGACGCUGUCCCUCUCCGUCAGACAGGGGACUCAGCACCUGCUGCGCAUCACCGGCCUCGGUGGCAUGAAACCCAACACCUUGAUUUUGGGUUUCUAUGACAGCUGCACUCCUGAAGACUUCUUCCUCCAAGACUCUGCUUUCUGUGACGCUUCUAUGGAACUAGGGAGUGAGGGCGAAUAUAAUUUCGGGGUAGAUUUGCCGUCGUUACAGGCCCAUUUCCCCCCGGUCCGGCAUGUGGAGAGCCCCCGCUGGCUGUCCCCAGAGGAAUACGUGGGUAUCAUUUCAGACGCCAUUAAAAUGAACAAGAAUGUGUGUGUCGGGCGCUAUUUCUUCCAGUUGGAGGGCGAGGAUAAGGACAGUAAAGUGGACGGGUCGGAGCGGACGAUCGAUGUGUGGCCGCUCAACCUUCUGCAGCCGGGCAGCCGAGACUACGAGGACGUGUGCAGCCUCUUCCUGCUGCAGAUGGCCUGCGUGCUCAACAUGUCCAACAAGUGGCGCCACGCGAGGAUGAGGAUCUUCCUGAAUGUGGAGACUGAGUCCAGCGACCAGGGCUGGGUGGUGAACGAAGAGACGUUUAGAGAGCUGCUGAAGAAGCUGAGGAUCAGGGCGUCGAUAAAGAUCGUGCCGUGGGACUCUGUGGUUCAGCAUCACCUCCAACCCGAAGAGGAGGAGGCUAAACAAGCUCUGUCCGAGGACUUCCUGUCCGCAGUGAACAGUAUGUUGAUGGAGCACAGCUCGCAGGCCGCUGUUCGCUUCCUGUAUUUACCUCGACCCUCUCCGCAGCGCAGCCAGAAUCGACAGUACCUGGCUCAGGUGGAAGCAGUGACCAAUAGUUUGGGGCCAACGCUUCUGAUUCACGGCGUCACCCCUGUCACAUCCACUGAGCUGUGAGCAUGAGGAGUGUUUAUUUAUAUUGUACGUGCAGCAGGGACUUAUCUAUGUACGUUUAAACUCUGGCCCUACUUACACAUAAUGCACUGUUUGUAACCGUUACCAUACGUCCACUUACUGCAGCUUUUUCUGUUGCUAUUCAAGCUUACAAAAGGUCAACAGUCAAGUGCAUUUUUAAAUGACGCCCCUUGAGGAGUUGCAUUCAAGUAAGGAUAUUUUCCUAUUUAAAUAUACUUGAAAUGGAUUGGUGAUCGAGCCAUGAAAUGGAGCAUAUACUUAUGGGCGUGAUUUAUGUGGAUAUAACCUCUUGUCUGCAUUAUAUUAUCUUAGGCGGAAAUUAAAAAUGUGUCUGACUCUUUGGAACAAAACUCAAUUUGUUUUGAUGAAUACGGGUUGUCUAGGAUUUAAUAUACAUUUAUAUGUGUGUGUAUAUAUAUAUAUAUAUGUAACAUUUCAGCGCUGAAAUUAUGAGAUUGUGAUUACAAGUUGGGGAGACAUAUUUACCUGGUUCAGUUUCUUAAAAGUAUUUUGUUAACGCAUAGUAAUUUGUUUUUUUAAAUCUGCUUUUUUAUGCUUUCUUUUCAUUUCUUACAUUUCUGCUGGUUGCUGGACCAAGUCAUUCCUUUUUUUGUUUUGUUUUUUAGUUUAAUUUAAUAAUUUUAUUAUGUGGAAAUCUCUAGUCGUCAGAAGGGAACUGGGAACCUCAGAAUUAUAAACAGCAUUUCUUGCUGUUGUGCGUGCCUACUUGAAAAAUAAACUGGGAUUUUGUGCUUCAUUGUGCAAAAAAGGGGUUACACUGAUGAUGAGUCUGUGUUACUCGUUAAGUUUGGGACCAACAAUGAUACCCACCAAAUCUAAACCAAAGCAACGUGUUACAUUUUCACACAAAAAAUGCAUUAUUACCUAUUCACAAAUCACAGAAUGAAAAGUUAAACCUUUAUUGUUUAGGUUUUUUUUUGUGACAUUUGGAACAAUUACACUAACCUUUUUUUAUUUAAACACAAACAGGAAGUUACUGAAAAAACCAUCCGCCCGUUUCAAUGUUGAGACAGAGCAUAAAGAGUCAUGUAAACUGUAACAGUCAUUAUUAGAUGUGCAAAUUACACUGCUGGUUGUCAUUGUGGUAAAUAUAUGCAAAAUGUACUGUGUAUCUGUGUCACUGUCAUGUAAAAUCCUAUCGGAACAUAUGUAUUUAAAAGAUUGCUUUAAUGCAAUACAAACUGA